AUGAAAACUUCUUCUUGCCUCUCAUCUUCUCUUUCGACAACAUCGGCGACGACGAUGACAGCAACAACAACAACAACUGCUGGUGUAACUGCACCAGUGUCAACUACUCACUCAGGUCAAAUAAAUAGUAUUAUUCAUUCCCAUAUUACUAAUAACUGUAGUAGUAGUAAUAUUGAUCCGCAUAUUACUACUCCUGUACAUAUAGAUAAAUCUCAGAGAAUUGAUAAAUUACAUUCUGAUACAUUGAAGCAUAAUGCCAGUAACACGAAUGAUGCUGAGGAUAAAAGCAGCACUGGUACACCAGGACUGUCAACUACAACGAUUUCCUAUGACACUACUUGUAAAUCUUCCAUAGGUGGUUUUAAUAAUAAGGAUCAAGAAAAGCGGUUAGAGAUGUCUAAUGUUAUGGUAUGCGAUCCAACAAAACUUUGUGCAAAAUGCAGGGAAAAUGUCUACUUACUUAGUGAAGAUUUUAAACAGUUGCUUUUAUCGACAAAGAAUCAGAUAGAUAGUCAAGUGAACAGUGGUAUCAGUGGAAGCAAUAGUAAGACAAAUGAAUAUAUUGGAAAGGUUAAUAAUACUAGCGAAAGUGGUGAUACUGGUGAUACAUCAAACAAAGUUAAAGAAAUUGAAUUAACUAUUGAAAAAUAUGAACAACACAUGAAAUAUUUAUAUGAUCAUAUUCAUAACACUAAAGAAAAGUGUUGUCAAACUGUUACAAGCAAUGUUAUUCGACCAUCACAUAAUGAUAUCAACACAUUUCAUGUUGAUGAUGAUAUUGACUACGAAGAAAGAGCAAAUGAUGUGAAUCAAGUCUACGAAGGUGGAAAACUUAUGAUUAUUAAGAAAGACAUUAAUCAACACUCGAAUUGUUAUUCUAUGAAUCGUCUAAUGAAAGACAAUAUGAUCAAUCAUAAUGGAGAUGAUAUUGAUGAGGAGAAAAGAAUUAUUACAAUUUAUAGAAAAUUGCAUAAUCUACGUUGUCAGAUAGAGUCCUUUUCAUACUUGAGUUGGCUUGGGUUGACAUCUGAACCUCCUACGAAUAGAGUUCUGGUCCCUGGAUCAAAUGCACCAGCUCCAAAUCCACAAAUGCAUUUGAUACGUCGGUCAGAUGCAGAUAGUCGAAGGAAUAUUCAAGAAUUUAGGCGUUUAUGUAAAGAACCUGUUUCUCAAGAAGAUUUACUUGAAUUACGCUCAUCUACAUUUAAUAAUUGGUCAAGGACAGAUGCACAAUUAAUGCGUUUAGUACGUGAAAUGUUCAAAGAACUUGGAUUUAUUGAUCAUUAUAAAUUACAAUAUCAUCGUUUAGAUCUAUGGCUAAGUGAUAUUUAUCGAAGAUAUAAUCGUAUACCAUUUCAUAAUUAUAAACACGCAUUUAUGGUUACACAAAUGUGUUACGUUCUACUCUGGGGUGGAAAACUUACCAAACUACUCGAUAUCGAUGAUCAACUCACUUUGAUUAUGUCGGCCAUCUGUCAUGAUUUAGAUCAUCCAGGAUUCAAUAAUGCUUAUCAGAUCAAUGCUGGAACUGUAUUAGCUAUGCGAUAUAACGAUCAAAGUCCAUUGGAAAAUCAUCAUUCAGCUGUGGCAUUCGACUUAUUAAGUCAUGCAGAAGUUGAUCCUUUUGCCCAUCUUCCACUUAAUGUCCGUCAACGGAUUCGUAAAGGAAUGAUAAGAUGUAUUUUAGCAACAGACAUGUCACGUCACAAUGAAAUACUCGAUGAAUUCAAUCGUCUUGUUGUAAGUGAUCUACAAGCUGCCUGGGAAAUUGAUGCCAGCAGUAAAAAACCCGCUUGGGUUACAAAUAAAACACAUAAAGAUCUUGUUAUGAUGAUAAUCUUGAAAAUAUCUGACAUUUCAAAUGAAGCACGUCCUCUUAGUGUUGCUGGUCCAUGGAUAAAUCGACUAUUGGCGGAAUUCUUUAAUCAGAGUGAUUAUGAAAAACUCGUUGGUCUUCCAGUUGCACCAUUUAUGGAUCGUCAUAAAGUAACUAAAUCUGCUAGUCAAUGUGGUUUCAUCCGUUUUGUUAUUCUGCCACUAUUUGAGUCUCUAGCAAAGUUAUUACCAGAAGUUAAGGUCAUCGAGGUGUACGUCGGUAAUUCCCGUUUGGCCCCGAAGAUGAACAAUAGGGCAGAUAUCCAAAUUAUAUCUGUUGACGGUAGCAAGUUGGAGGGAGGUGGUCAGAUUCUGCGUAGUGCUGUAGCAAUAUCAGCGAUAACAGGAAGACCCGUGGAAGUAUGUAACAUACGAGCUGGUCGGAAUAAUCCGGGCUUAAGCAACCAACAUUUGGCUGCUUUGGAAAUUUCAGCGAAGGUUUGUUCAGGUAGCCUGACGUCUUGUGCACUUGGAUCAACGAAAAUAGCCUUGACUCCUGGUCAGAUUACUCCAGGCAGUUACGAAGCUGAUGCAAAGACAGCAGGAUCAGUGUCGCUGAUGCUCCAGGCUGUUGGACCUAUCUUGGCUUUCGCUUCUGGCCCAAGCGAAGUUAUAUUACGUGGGGGUACUGAUGCUUCCUUCGCACCUCCGAUAGACUUCAUGAAAAAGGUGACGUCGAAUUACUUCAAGCGAAUGGGAUUGAAUUAUGAGCUGCAAGUCAUUAGACGAGGAUUUUAUCCACAAGGUGGUGGUAUUGUGAAGGUUUUGAUUUCACCUGUACAGGGAUCACUUACUGCCAUAUCACUUCUGGAAAUGGGAAGUGUACAGUCAAUAUCUGGAUAUUCGUUUGUAGCAGGAAAAGUUCCUGAGAGGGUUGCACACGAAAUGAAAACCGAAGCAUCUCGUUGUAUUGGAAACCUCUUUCCCAAGUGUUCUGUAGAUAUUCAUUCCUUUCGGGAAAGUGAUGAUCGUUGCCAGGGCAAUGUUGCUACAUUUAUGUAUAUGUUGCAUACUUCAACGGAUUGUAUUUUGGCUGUCUCUGGAAUCAGUGCUCCUCGAGGUCCAUCUCACAAGCAGUUAGUAUCUGAAGCUUUCGAAUCAUUGUACAAAUACGUGGAGAUUGGAGCGUGUUGUGAUGAGCAUAUUCAGGAUCAGCUCAUCAUUCCAAUGGCAUUGGCUAAGGGGAAGUCACAAAUACGGACUGGACCAUUGACAAUGCAUACUAAAACUGUGAUUUAUGUUGCUGAACUUAUGCUUGGUGUGAAAUUCGAAAUUCAAGAAUUGGGAAAUGGAUCGGCGAUCAUAUCGUGUGAAGGAAUUGGAUAUACACGGGCAAACGUUGUAAAAUAA